AUGAAAUUCCCGAUGAAAAUUGAAUAAAAUCAGCUGUUCAAAGUCCAAAGUUGAACGUUCGCGACACUUCUGUCCUGGCUGCGCAUGGAUCACUGUUAACUUUACUCUGAUUUUAUUCGCUGAUUGGGAUCUUUAUCCAGAUUGUCAACGUUUCAGAGUGACAGCGAAGCAGCCGCCGUGUAUCAGCAGCACGCGCAGACAGCAUUUUAUUGGUGUGCCUGGUGAAGGCUGGAUCGCUGCUUGUUUCUUCCUGGCUUUUUGGAGGCUUUAUUAUUUGACCGUCGGUGGCGUCCUUCAUCUCCACACCAAGAUUAUUCAUUUGUCGAAUUUGUCCGCGUGGCAGAAUGAGUGCGGGCGAGGCAGUGGUGAAUCUGGACUCGUUGGCGGCCGAUCUGUCCGCGUUGGAUGAGGAGUUCGGGAAAUUCGAGGACCAGCACCGCAACUACCUGCUGCAGCUGAACCAGCAGGUGGCCGCGCAGGCCAAGUGCGCCAAGGACUACUCGCACUUCAAGUACCGUCUCGCCCAGAUCAACGACGCUCUCAAAAAGAAUGGUCAGAAUCUGUCCUCGGAGCAAGCGGCCCGGCUGAAGGAGCUGCAGGAGGACAUCGCCGUCAAGCGGACACAGCUCAACGAGAUCGGCGAAACCCUGCCGCGCAAAGCCAACAUCUACCUGCGGACGAUCCUGGGGAACGUGAAUCUGAACCUGUUCAGCAAGGCGGACCGCUUCCGCUACAAAGACGAGUACGAGCAGUUCAAGCUGGCCGUCACCAUCGUCUCCACCGUGCUCUCCUUCGCCAAUCUCUUCCUCUUCAAAUACCGAGCCAUGGACGCGCUCUUCCACUUCCUGCUGGUGUGGUACUACUGCACGCUGACUAUUCGCGAGGGGAUCCUGCGGCUCAACGGUUCGCGGAUUCAAGUGUGGUGGGUGGCGCAUCAUUACAUCACCACGGUCCUCACCGGCAUUCUCGUUACCUGGCCGGAUACGGUGAUUUACCAGAUGUUCCGCACGCAGUUCUACAUUUUCUCUCUAUAUCUUGGCAUCGUGCAGGUACUGCAGUAUCGCUACCAGCACGGUCAGCUGUACAAGCUGAAAGCGCUGGGCGAGCGGAAGAGCAUGGACGUAACCGUCGAGGGAUUUCAUUCGUGGAUGUGGCGCGGAUUGGGCUUUCUGCUCCCGUUCCUCUUCGGCGGAUACUUGUUCCAGCUGUACAACAGCUACACGCUGUGGCAGCUGGCCAAGGAUCCGCGCUGCCUGGAGUGGCAGGUGCGCACCUGCGCCGUCAUCUUCUUCGUCCUGUUCCUGGGCAACUCGCUGACGACGCUGUCCGUCAUGUGGAAGAAGAUGUCGCGCUCCUCCGGUCCCAGCAAGGAGCUGGACUCGCGCCGGCUGCAGGCCAAGUACAAGUCCACCUGAACACCCACCCGCCGCUCUACAUUCGCUUCACUGCGGCUUUUGCGAAUUUAACGGUGCACUUGGCCGGAAUUUACCUAUUUAAUUUUGUCUGACAGCUGGCACGCAGUUUUGUUGGAUUUGUUUCUCUGCUGCAUUAACUGCUAAUGGGACAGUUUUAGUUACUCCGCUACAUUGAUUGUGCAUUUCCGGUAUCACGAUUAAAAGCGUACAACAUGA